UAUUACAGUCAUCUUGAUUUUCUGAGAUUCUUUUUUACUCUUCUGUUCUAUUCUUUCUCUCUCUCCGAAUUUUCCCCCUUUUCUCUCUCUUUUUCCCUCGAAGGAUCUUCUUUUUCACUUAAAUAUUCUGGAAUUCUUACAUCAAAUUGCUGAACAAAAACCCUGGUCUGUAAGUUCUACAUCAUAUGAAGAUCUAACAAUUUGUAUCUCUUGAGCCUUUUUCUUCAAGAAAAAAUGUCUCAGACUCACUGGGAAGCUGAUAAAAUGUUAGAUGUUUAUAUCCAUGACUACUUGGUAAAGAGGGAUUUAAAAGCUUCAGCCCAAGCAUUUCAACAAGAGGGAAAAGUCUCAUCUGACCCUGUUGCUAUUGAUGCACCUGGUGGCUUUCUAUUCGAAUGGUGGUCAGUCUUUUGGGACAUAUUUAUUGCAAGAACCAAUGAGAAACACUCAGAAGUUGCAGCCUCUUACAUUGAGACACAGUUAAUCAAAGCAAGAGAGCAACAGCAACAACAACAACAACCACAACAACAACCACCACAUCCACAACAACAACAGCAACAGCAACAACAACAACAACAACAACAACAUCAACAGAUGCAAAUGCAACAGCUCAUGUUGCAACGCCAAGCUCAACAACAACAACAGCAACAACAGCAGCAACAACAGCAACAGCAGCAGCAACAACAACAGCAGCAACAAGCACAACAACAGCAACAGCAGCAACAAAGGAGAGAUGGGGCCCACCUUCUGAAUGGGGCAUCAAACAGACUUGUUGGAAAUGAGCCACUUAUGAGACAGAAUCCUGGAGUCAAUGCUAUUGCUACAAAAAUGUAUGAGGAGAAAUUGAAAGUCCCACUUCCUAGAGACUCUUUAGAUGAUGCAGCUAUGAAGAGAUAUGGUGAGAAUGUGGGCCAGCUUUUGGAUCCCAACCAAGCUUCAAUCUUGAAAUCUGCUGCUGCAGCUGCUGGACAACCUUCAGGGCAAGUGUUGCAUGGGACAGCUGGCAGUAUGUCUCCUCAAGUUCAAGCUCGUAGCCAACAACUUCCAGGCUCUGCACCUGAAAUAAAAACAGAAAUGAAUCCAAUUUUGAAUCCUAGAGCAGCGGGACCCGAAGUAUCAUUAAUUGGGAUUCCUGGAUCAAAUCAAGGUGGUAAUAACUUGACAUUGAAAGGAUGGCCUCUUACACAGGGGUUAGAUCAAUUGAGAUCUGGUUUAAUGCAACAACAGAAGUCAUUCAUGCAAGGAUCACAACCAUUUCAUCAGUUACAAAUGAUGUCACCACAGCAUCAACAACAGCUUCUAUUAGCACAACAAAACAUGACAUCACAAUCAGCUAAUGAUGAAAGCAGAAGGCUUAGAAUGCUUCUUACUAACAGAAGCAUGGGUAUGGGAAAAGAUGGAAGUGGUCUUUCAACUUCUGUUGGUGAUAUUCCAAAUGUGGGCUCCCCAAUGCCCGUUUUACCCCGUGGAGAUACUGAUAUGUUACUCAAGUUAAAAAUGGCGCAAUUACAGCAACAACAGCAGCAGCAGCAGCAGCAACAGAAUGGUGGGAAUCAGCAACAGCAACAACAGCAGCAAAUUCAUCAUUCUCUUUCUGCUCCUCAGCCUCAAAAUUCAAAUUUGAAUAUUCAACAAGAAAAGAUUGUGGGUGCAAGUAGUGUGGGAGAUGGGAGCAUGUCGAAUUCGUUUAGAGGAAAUGAUCAGGCUUCAAAAAACCAGACUGGAAGAAAAAGAAAACAGCCCGUGUCAUCAUCCGGGCCCGCCAAUAGUUCCGGAACAGCAAACACAGCGGGCCCCUCACCAUCUUCAGCACCUUCAACUCCAUCAACUCAUACACCUGGCGAUGUCAUCUCAAUGCCUAAUCUGCCACAUAAUGACAGCUCAUCAAAAUCUUUAAUGAUGUUUCGACCCGAUGGUGGGCCCACGAAUCUCACCUCCCCAUCAAAUCAAUUGGUAAGUGGGGGUCCACUUUCCUUUUAUGGUUGGUAUAUAAUCUUGCAUUGGAAUGAUAAGGGCAUUUUGGUCAUUUUACAGGCUGACAUGGAUCGUUUUGUGGAAGAUGGGUCUCUUGAUGACAAUGUGGAAUCUUUUUUGUCUCAUGAUGAUACGGAUUUGAGGGAUACAGUUGGUGGUCGUUGUAUGGAUGUCAGCAAAGGGUUUACAUUUACGGAGGUACAUUCAGUUCGUGCUAGUGCAAGUAAGGUUGUGUGUUGCCAUUUUUCAUCCGAUGGUAAACUUCUUGCAAGUGGUGGCCACGAUAAAAAGGCUGUAUUGUGGUAUACAGAUUCGUUAAAACCCAAAACAACUCUUGAAGAACAUUCCUCGUUGAUCACUGAUGUGCGCUUCAGCCCAAGCAUGCCCCGCCUUGCCACGUCAUCCUUUGAUAAAACCGUUCGUGUUUGGGAUGCCGACAACCCUGGUUUUUCUCUUCGGACAUUUAUGGGACAUUCUACAUCUGUGAUGUCAUUGGAUUUCCACCCGAAUAAAGAUGAUCUCAUUUGUUCGUGUGAUGGGGAUGGAGAAAUACGGUAUUGGAGCAUCAACAACGGUAGCUGUUCUCGUGUAUUCAAGGGAGCAACAGCACAAGUGCGAUUUCAGCCACGCCAUGGAAGAUUUCUUGCAGCAGCUGCAGAAAACAUUGUAUCGAUACUUGAUGUGGAGACUCAAGCAUGUCGACAUACAUUAACGGGGCAUACAAAGCCGAUUCAUUCAGUUUGUUGGGACCCGAGUGGGGAGUAUUUGGCAUCAGUGAGUGAGGACUCUGUUCGUGUGUGGUCUCUUAUGGCAGGAAAUGAAGGGGAAUGUGUACAUGAUCUUAGUUGUAAUGGCAACAAGUUUCACUCAUGUGUUUUUCACCCUAGUUAUGCUUCAUUAUUGGUCAUCGGUUGUUAUCAGUCGUUGGAGCUGUGGAAUAUGUCAGAGAACAAGACGAUGACUUUAUCGGCUCAUGAAGGAUUGAUUGCUGGCUUGGCUUUGUCCACUGUUACGGGUUUGGUAGCUUCUGCUAGCCAUGAUAAGAUUGUUAAGCUUUGGAAAUGAAAAAAAAAAGAAACAAGAAACAAAAA